CGAUUUGGUGUUUAGUCACACCGCCUGCAGCGGAGAGCUGGAAAAUGGCGGCUCCUCGUUUGUCAAUGGUUGUUAGGCGAGGACUUUUCCAAUGUCUACCGUCUUCAAGAAUUAGUCAAGUGCCAACAAGACAUCAGAUCCCAGCCCUACUGUGUCCAUGUAGUUUCCAUAGCUCAUCUGUGUUAUUGUCUGGAAGCGAAGCGAAUGUGAUAUACCGUGAUGGAUUACCUGUAUUUACUGUGCCUUUACCGUCUCGAAAAGAGACCUGUGAAUUUACGCUCAAGCCGGUCUCCAAUACAGUUGGGGAUUUCCUCAAGUACAUCAAAGAAGAGGAUGGAGGGGUUGACAGAGCCGUCAUCACUUCAGAAGAGGGUACAAGGAUCUCCCGGUCCACAACCAUUGAUGUGUUACUGAGGCAUAAUUUCCAAAUCUCCAUCAACGAUGAGGUCCAUCCGAUCUCCCCACCUGAGUACAAAGCGCUACCAAGUGAACAUAUAGCAGAAAUGUCGGAUAUGAAGACUUUGAUCUCUGACCUGUACUGUAGACUCCACAUAGACCAGUACCAGGUAGAGAAAGAGAAGUUAUUACUACAACAGCUAGAGGAUCUCAAAGAGGAGUUAGCUCCCAUGGAUAAGCUACGGAAAGAGCUGGAGACAAAAGCCAACAAACGCACUGUGAACCUGGGCUGGGUUGGACUUGGUCUGAUGGGGGUCCAGUUUGGGUUGUUAGCUCGACUCACUUGGUGGGACUAUUCCUGGGAUAUCAUGGAGCCUGUCACCUACUUCAUUACCUAUGGCACAGCCGUGGCCAUGUAUGCCUACUUUGUCAUCACUAAAGAGGAAUACAAUUUUAUUGAAGUCAAAGAUAGGCAAUACCUCUUGGGAUUUUAUAAAUUCGCAAGAAAGCAGAAAUUGGAUGUAAAAAGAUACAAUGAGGUCAUGGACGCCAUCUCUGAGGUACAGCAAGACCUCAGACGCCUGAGAGAUCCUCUCCAGAAACGGCUUCCGAUAAAAGAGAUUUAGCCUGCCUCAUCAACACUCUGUUGAGUUCAACUGAUUCACAUCAUGGACAAAGCAUAUCAUUUCCUUUUGUAUGAUGAGUAUUGUUUAUGUAAGAGAAAGUUUUGUUUAGUCUCCAUCACAUCCAAAUCUGAUCCUUGUUUUGUCUCUGUGUUUAUACGUUAGAAAGAUAUGUUUGAUUUAAUUUGUACCUUCGACCAAUUGCACUUGAAAAGGGUUUUCAUGUCAAAUGACUUCCCUGAUAAUACUUUAGCUUUAGAAUAGCCAUUGGAGCUUUGGAAAUCUAAAUAUGUUUGUAUAGGGUACAGCAACAUGAAGUUUUAUAAUUCAUUGCUAUUUUUGAGUCUCUGGAAUCUGAGAAAUGUGAGGGUAGUAGAACCUGUGCCCUGGGCCAGUUGUAUUUGUUUUCAUCAGCUUUAUUACACGUUCAGCUCAAAUUUCAAUCAUUUCAAAAACUGACAAGUAUAAGCAUAAACUUAGAUACCAGAUGACAAUUUGUUUGAACAUUUGACUGUAUGAUUAGGUUUGUGAAGUACAAUAUGACUUUUUGGAGCAGGUCGUAACACUCACACACACAAAUGUUACACACGCAACAGAAGAUAUUGGUUAUAAAGCAUUUUGAUCUUCUGGAAUGAUUUGUACAUGUUUAUCUUGAUUAUUUAAUUAUACGGGGA